CGCAUUGGCAACAUUGCAUCAAAAUCAAACAUGGCGCGCGUACACACGGUUCCGCAAUUUUUACAUUUUUUCCUUUAUUUCUCAUUUGUAUUAUGUUGUUUUACUAGUUUUGUGAGUGCCAAUCGCGAGUUAGAUGAAGACAAUUGGAAGGAAAUUCUUGAAGGAGAAUGGAUGGUCGAGUUUUACGCGCCAUGGUGCCCAGCCUGCAAGGACCUGUCGCCUGCUUGGAGGGAGCUGUCCACCCGCGCUACCCGCAAGGCCCUGGGCGUGAGGACAGCUGGUGUCGACGUCACCAAGUCGCCAGGGCUCAGCGGUAGAUUCGUCGUCACAGCUCUGCCAACUAUAUUCCAUGUGAUCGACGGGCGAGUUCC